AUGGCUUCUGUGUCUGAUCUGCGCAACAUGUUGCUCUCUGCUUUCAGUCCUCGCGGCCUCCAGGAUGGGGAGCAAGAGUUCUUCGAGAUGCUGAUCGCACGCAGACCACAGUUGGUCAACCUGUAUAAUAUUGGUCCACGGAGUACCCAGGAGCAGCGAGAACUGGAGUCAGGAAAAAUCACUGUGGACGGGAGGCCACUCGCAGUCAACACAGACUUUGCUCGGCAGACGGUCUUUCUCUCUCAACAGUUGGACUGCUCCGAGCGGUAUAUUGCCAGCCUACUCCAAGAUGUCGUCGCGGAGAACCCCAACAUGACUCGAGAGCGCUGCAUCGAGGCCGCGGUCCUCGAAUUCCAUGUCAGGCGGCGUCAAUUGGCUGAGUGUCUCAGGUACAUAUUCGAAGCUGCAGAGAUGGUGGAGUCUCAGGAUGCUCCGCCACUAUGUGCACGCAUCGACCUGUUCGUGCGUCAACAGCUCCUUCCAGCUCCAGGUGGGCCAGCUGGUGGUCUCUCUCUGGCAUCGAAGAUAUUCCAGGAGGUUCACAACUUGGGAAACGUGUUGUCGAAAGCCCAAACUGCUCGGCAGAAUGCAAGAAGUAAUACUGUGGCACCUUCCGCUCAAACAAAUGAAGCAUAUCUUGGCGCUGACAUUCUGAGCGCAAGGUGCGACUCGAUCAGGUACGAACGACGUACACUGGCGGUGGUCUUGUUCCUCGUCAGUCGAAUGGGACUACUCACGCCGACCGAGAUACAAAAGAUGGUGGACUGGCUUCACGGCAACCCGCGCCAUGCGAUGACGUACUACGUCUUGCCGACAGUGCUUGCGGCAUUUGAUUCGGUCGAUCCAGCUUCCGCAGGCGGUCAAGCAAGGAGGACCGUGGCUGCAGAGAAAAGCUUCGUGUCUUACAUGAAGAGAAAGCUCGACGUUGCAACCGAGUGGAAGGAGCCAGGAUUGAAAGCCACCAUAUUGUUGAAGUGGACAUUGUUUAUGACCGAAACACGGCGCCGUGAUGCAUCGUUGGAGAACACCGCAGGUUUCAGGACUGAAGAGCUUGAGACUCAAAUAUGGAAUGCUGUGCAGGGUGAUUGCUUCACGUACGUCCUGCGCAUGGUGGCGUUGGUGCAGAAGCAGCAGGGGGAACAACCUUCAACGUCGUAUUCAGCGGCCUUGCUAUCACAAAUCGAGCAGGAUGCACCUCCGGAACUACCCGCAGAAGACUUCAGGCCCGCUGUCUUGGAGGGGUGUGAGGCCCUUGUGCGCUCAUUGAUCACGCAAGCAUCCUCGGAAUUACGGAAGAUCAAGCAGAGACAAGAGGAUCUACUUCUUGCUGGCAGUCGUACAGACAGGUCCAGACCUUUCCGCUCAUCCAUGGGACAGUCUCAACACCUAUCCUCCAGUACACCGCCCGAAAUGGACAAAUCUAAUUCGCCACCCCGCAACGACAUGGCCAUACUGUUCUCCCUCGUCGGGUUGCUCUAUUCGACACUACCUCCAGAGAGAGCACUUCAUUUUUGGGGGAGUGGCGGCAUGCUAGAAGGGAAGCGAUCGUCAUACACUGAGUUUGCCGAAGCAAAUUCCGGGAGGCUCCCAGCGUUCCUGCAAUGGGCCGUCUGGUCAACUCAACCACGAGAUAUUGACAUGUCCACGGCGCUGUACGACAUGCUCUCCGGUCUUGCCAAGGGCCAACAAUGCAGCGAGCUCGCAUACAAUUUUCUCGCCAGGGGCGGAGGGGAAGUCAUGGGUGGCUCCGUGUCGGCAGGCCCACCCCACCUCGCGACAGGACCUACUGUGUCGUGGGGUUCCAUUUUCGGGUUGCUUGACUCUUGGGCAACGGCUGGUUCGGCCUCUCGCUCUGCUCAGCAGCCACCAGAAGGACAGUCACCGCAAUCUGCAUUCCAGGCUCCUCAAUGGCAAGCCCAGCAGGCUCACCAGCAUCAACAACAGCUCUCGUUCUCGUCACAGGAUGUCUUAUUCGCACAAUCGUUCCUCCGACUGCUGGCUACCGUCGUGACGCAUUCUGUUGCUGUACGCGUCACGAUCAGUGGUCAUGCUCGCUUCCGCGCGAUCCCAACGUUGGUCUCACUAAUUACUAUCAGCAUACCACUCGAACUGAAGGGGGCAAUAUUUGACACUUUGUCGGCGUUCUGCUUGCCUGGUGCUGGCUCUCCUGGUGUGGAGAUAUGCAAAUCAAUUUGGACCCUCAUGGAGCGUCUGGAAGUGAUCAACGUGCGAAUGGCUCCUGGAAGCUCCAUACCUGCUGUCAAAGGAGUAGAGGUCGAGUUGGACGAGGUAGAAACUGCCUACAAGAUGUACCCUUCGACCAUACCCUUCCUCAGGUUGCUCAGCACGCUCAUACACACGCCUAAAAGUGUCGUUCUUAGCGAUCGCGUCGCAGAUGCGGAACCCAUUAACACCAUUCCGGAUGGACUCGGCCAACCGUAUAGGACACCCGGCAUUGGGCCGUUCCUGUCAUUCGUCGUUGAUAAUGUGUUCUCCAAGAUCAGUAGCCGGGAAUACAUGCGUCCAGUAGACAGGUGGCGGACGAAUGACUUGUGUUUGUGCUUCAUGGAGCGGUGCUUGGCGAGCUAUGACCUGGAGUCUCUCGUCACAAGUGUCGAAGAAUUGCAGCCCAAGGGAGAUGCUAUUCUGCAGUUGGCCGCCCAUCCUGGGUACGAGAUCAUGAGACGGAUGCUCACUCCAUCCCCUCUCCAGAACAGUAUUCUCUCAUAUCUUGUUGAAGGUGUCGACGGGUUCGAUCGAGGUCUCGCCGAAGAGGAGGCUUUCUUCCGAAGCACUAUCGUUCGUGUGUUAAGAAUGAUCCACCGUAUUCUAGAGAUACAGGACAUUUUUCUGGACGUCCUGGUCCCCAUGCUCUCAGAGAUCAAAGAUCCGACUAUUAUCGGCGAGGUUCACCCUGCUUCAUACUUUGUAAGGUUCGAUCAGGUGUUGUCCUACUCCCGGCAACAUGUCCCAGCAGUCGCGACAUAUAUUGCUUACCCCGCAUAUCCCGAACUCAUGCUACUCAGCGUCAAGAUUUUGACCGCUCUUACUUCAUCCUCGGCGUUCCUUCAAUUGGCUCUCAUGAUUGACAAGAGCGAGGAGUCUGUGCGUAUCCUCGAUGGUUUCCAGAACAUUAUGGACGCCGACGUCUUGGAUGACGUGGAAACCGCAGAAAUCAUUGCGGAGCAGAACACGGGUGCUGGUGCUCCUGACUCGGAUGAGCCUUUGGCCAGCAUUACUCAAGCAAUCCGCGUGGCAGUGUUAGACUUGUUCAUCCAGAACACCGACAUCGAUCGGCCAUAUCCAAACAUCGCUCACUUCCUUCUCUUUGGAGGUGCGACUGACCGUGACCAGAUUCAAGACCCACAUGCCCUUGGUGCCCGACGGUCCUGUAUACAUUCUAUUAUCGACAUACUCAACACAGGUGUCCCCCGCUUGAAGGGCAAAAGCUCUGGCCGGCUGUCAUCCAUUGACCCAUUGUUCAUCUCGCUUCCUGCUCUUGCUGAACGCUGCUACCAUGUCAUAUACCAGCUAUGCAAACAUCCACAGACGUCGGAGUUCAUCAUGCGUUACUUGCGUACGCGCGAAGACUUCUUCGCGCGUCAUCUUGCAGCACUACCAUUUAAGAUCGCAGGCGCAGAUGUGGAAUCUUUCAUCGAGGUCAUGUACAAUGACGGCUCGCGUGUCACGACGACUGUCUCUGCAUUGGCAUCUUUCCUCCGGCUACGUUCCUGGAUCCUUGACCUAGUGGCUCUCGAAUUACAUGUCCUGACAAACAAAGGACAUCAGAAAAGCGUCUCUGAGCUCUUGGAGCUUCUGUUUGGAAAUGAAGAGAACCAGCCAGAGGACGAAGGUGUUUGGGACAGUGAUGUAUUCACGCCUUUCCGCGAAGUGGGACAGUCGCAUCUCCGGAUGAUCGAAUUCAUCCAGUCAUUGGAUUUCGACUGGUCUGACAGCUUGUCGGCCCAGCCCGUAGAGCUACAGUUCUUGGCGCAGUUGAAUCUCCAAAGUUGUCUGCGUGUAGACGGUGCGGGCUGUGAGGUUAUAGAUCGAACGGCGCUCCUAUCUAUCCUGACUCUGGCCCAGCGUGAGCUUCAUGCGCAAGGUCGUAUCUUAAAUCCUACACACUACCAACAACUGAUCGCGGAGAUGAAUUAUAUCAUGGAGAGCUGUGCGAUUGAGAACCAUCGUAGGGAAAUACGGUACGCCGCGGCCAGUGGGUAUGAGGCGUGGAGAAGACUCCUCGACAUGUCCCUCAUGAAAUGCUUCGAUCGAUUGCCCUAUGACCGUCGAGAGAACAUGCUCUUUGAUCUUCUGCAUGUGCUGCCGCAGAGCCUACGCUCCGCGAAUGUUCAGCCAUCCUCUGCCGUUCUCCUGUCCGAAGCCGUCCUUUCCACCAUCACCAAGCUCCGUGAAGAUCGCCGUUACCAGGUCAUCCUGCAAUCCGCAGGUGGCGAUGUCGAAGCAGGGUCACUUCCUGCAGAGCGCCUAUACGCACUCCUCCGCAGUCUCUUGGACUGUAUCAUGGACAACAACCGCAUUGCCCUUGUCCGGGGCAACCUCUAUGCAUCACUGAUCAAUUACUUCCAUCUGGUGAUAGCUCCCAAGGUGUUGCAGGAAAUUGAGACCGGUCCGAUCAAUCUUGUGGCCUCCCUCUCCGCGUCGUCGUUGAGCAGGGAGGACUCGCUAUUCAACGAUAGCAUGUCGUCAGUGGCUUUGUCCAUUCAAACCUGUGGCUCUCAACAGACUGGAUCGAUCCUUAUGAAUGGCAGCCUAAUCAUUCUGAAGUCAGUCAUGGAGCGCCUUGUGGCAAUUGUUUCUCGGGACGCUAUUGAUGGGUCCGAAGUGUGGAAGUCCGUAGCAUUCAUGCUUCUCGAUUCUUUGGUUCGGUUGUCUCGAUUAGAGAAGCAAUCCGUGAUCAUCCAUACCCUAGCCCGGCAUGGUUUUCUCUCAGGGUUCGUACGAGGUCUCAAGGAGUCAGAUUUGCGGUUGCAAGACGUCUUGAAGCCCGAUCCAGAUGAAUUGAACACUCUUUACGUCUACGAGGCGAAGAUGUCACUAUUGGUCCGCGUAGCACAAAGCAGGCAAGGUGCAGAGCGACUGUUGGAAGCCCGAGCUAUUCCCGUCUUGGCAGAAUGUGAUUAUCUGGAUGCCAGACCUGAGGCCGAUCAAGCAUUUUUGGACCGAGACAAUUUCCUUCCCUCUGCUGUUCAGCGUUACCAUCAACUUUUCACUCCUGCUCUGCAACUUGUGAGCGGGAUGCUCAUCACCCUGGGAACAAGACACAUAACUGCAGUGAACCAAGCUUUGCAAUUCCUGUCGAGUCGUAGGGAUACGGCGGUUCUUCUCUUGAAGAACGAGGUUGAUGAGCUCUCCCUUGCCGUUCUGGAGGAGCUCCGUCUUCUCGUGUCGCUCUGCAGCAAUGUUGUGCAGCAUAUACCCAAGACAGAAUUGCUCUCCAAUAUCGGUUUCGGCGGUAUUCAUGCUGCCAUAUCAAAUUUGGCUGCAAGAUGCCUAGGCAACCGCCAUUGGACGGAAAGUGUCAAGCCUCAAACUGAACGAGAGUUGUCGGAUGCUGCCGUAGUUGAGCCAGGCUACGGCUCAGAGACGAAAUUCCGCGUCGCCGUACAUCGCAAAGAUCAACUUCUGCGUGAAGCUGUUGUGGCUUACCUGGGAACAGCAUGUGACUUCACUGAACCUGAGUUCACUCUGGUCCUAUCACCAGCUGUCAAUACGCCUAGACAAGAGGAUCGGUCAUCGCGAUUCUUGGCCACCGUGCCCACAAUGGGCGACGCAAUCGAGGCUCUGUAUAGCUUCUGUGAUGAGCUUGCUGGCACUCUGAAGACAAUAGCAGAUCUCUCCGCGGAACUUGCCGCCAAGGACUACAUCAGAGUGGACAACAUCCAGGAGAUCGUGAGCGUCCCAGAUCAAGGUCUCCUGGACAACCUCAACAUCCGGCAAAAGCAGUCCCUCGUUAGUCGGGAGCUGACGCACUGGCGAGCGGGCGCAACAGACAGGGCACAGGUUACGAUCACCUCCUUGGAGAUGCUCCUGCUGCUGCUCUGGCGGCAUCUUCUGUUCUACUCGGAAGGGCGCCAUAUCAACAACCCGGACCUCAAGGGUUCGAUCUCGCACAUGAUGCGCUUGACGUCGUCUCCUGAUGUAGAUGUGAUCAAGGCAGAGGCCGCACGUAAGCUAAUGCCCGUGUUGCAGCGGAUGCAAACGCUGGACUUGACCGAAGAGACAAUUGGGGAAGAUUGGAAAUCAUACCAGAGCUACAUCGCAAUUAUGGCGCGGAGGCUAAUGGACGUUGCGGGGCUUGAUGAGGAACCGGAGGCACAAAUCGGGCUGUGA